AUGAGUCUGAGCAUGGAGUCUGAGGACCUCUCAGAUGACAGGGUGUCUGAGAACCUCUCAGAUGGCAAUGAGUCUGGGGACCUCUCAGAUGGCAAUGAGUCUGGGGACCUCUCAGAUGACAAGGAGUCUGGGGACCUCUCAGAUGGCAAGGAGUCCGAGGACCUCUCAGAUGGCAAGGAAUCUGAGGACCUCUCAAAUGACAAGGAGUCUGGAGACCUCUUAAAUGGCAAUGAGUCUGAGAACCUCUCAGAUGACAAUGAGUCUGGGGACCUCUCAGAUGGCAAGGAGUCCGAGGACCUCUCAGAUGGCAAGGAAUCUGAGGACCUCUCAAAUGACAAGGAGUCUGGAGACCUCUUAAAUGGCAAUGAGUCUGAGAACCUCUCAGAUGACAAUGAGUCUGGGGACCUCUCAGAUGGCAAGGAAUCUGAGGACCUCUCAGAUGACAAGGAGUCUGAGAACUCAGUUGGCAAGGAGUCUGGGGAUCUCUCAGAUGGCAAUGUGUCUGAGCACAUUUCAGAUGGCAAUAACAUUCAAGAAAUCGAUCUGUUCACUGAUGAACAAAUCAAUAAUCGCACUAACUGA